GUAUUGACCAUAUUUGUUAACAAGCAGCUGUGCUACGAGGAAGUGUGUAGCCGGUUGGUGUGUGAGGAUCGGAUAUUCCGGCGAGAGUGAUGUCAGUUGAGAUCAAAUUAUCUCGAUUCAACCGCAUCUAUCGCCACGGCGAACUGCUUGAAGGAACGAUAAUCACGACGUUGAAUUCUUCUAUUUCCUACCAAUCUAUUCGCCUCACACUUAAUGGCACUGUCAAUUUGCAGGUCCGUGGCGGAUCAGCUGGAGUUAUUGAGUCCCUGUACGGUGUUAUCAAGCCAAUUCCAAUUAUGAAGAAGGUUGUUGAUGUCCGAUCAUCUGGAAAGAUAGGAUCAGGUACGACUGAGAUACCAUUUUCUGUGAUCUUGAAAGAUCCUAAAGAGAAGAAUCUUGGGAAGUUUUAUGAAACCUUUCAUGGAGGCAAUAUCAGCAUCCAGUAUCUGGCAACUGUUGAGAUAGCGAGAGGAUACUUACACAAGCCUUUGUCAGCCACAAUAGAAUACAUUGUUGAGAGUGAUAAAGACAAUCUUCCACAGAAUCCAAUUCCCCCUGAAAUGGUCAUCUUCUAUAUUACUCAGGACACCCAAAGGCACACAUUAAUUUCUGAAUUGAAAUCAGGCGGUUUCCGGAUUACUGGGCGAAUAUGUACACAAUGUUCUUUAUCAGAUCCUAUUAAUGGAGAGCUAACUGUUGAAGCUUCUGCUGUUCCUAUACAAUCCAUUGACAUUCACUUGCUUAGAGUGGAGUCAAUUUUGAUUGGAGAAAGGAUAGCAACAGAAUCAUCUGUGAUACAAGAAACUCAGAUAGCAGAUGGUGAUGUUUGUCGUGGCAUGAAUUUGCCCAUUUACAUCAUCCUUCCUCGUCUUUUAACAUGUCCGAGCAUUUUGGCUGGUCCAUUCUCAAUAGAGUUCAAGCUGAGCAUUGUGAUAACUUUCAAAUCAGAUCUAUAUAAGAAGCCCACAAAAGCUGAUCCAGUAUCUAUUAAACCAUGGAUGGCCACUGAAAGCGUGCCAUUAGAGUUGGUUCGCACAGCUUGAGAUUGGUUUAACAAGAUUGGACCUGUCGAAUUUUCGGGGACAUGGCUUCUUCAAAUGUGUUGAGCAAGAGUAGCUGUCAACGGGCAACAUAGGAGGUCGAAGUUGUUCAACACUGUUACUAUAUUUUAGGAUGGUUGAUGGAAGAUGUGACUAGUAUUGAUUUUGUAUAAAUUAGUACGUCUUCUGAUUAAAACGUCGAAACUACGACACAAUGGUUUGAUCUGCAAAAGAUUACUGAAAUGUUGUGGUGUCAUCGUUUUAAAAUUUGUCUAAAGUCGAAUGAAAAUGAAAGUUGUGAUUUUUCUGGCAA